GUUUGCUUAUCAUCUUCCACCAACGUGAUGUGUUCUGCCUGAGAUCGGAAUCUCUAAGAGCCACCCAUUAUCUCGGCUGGCCCUGCCUCAUCACCAAAGCAAUACCCUACGCCGGACACUGAGUCGGUAACCCGUGGCCAAAACGCAGCGCGCACAGGACCAUCCCACGGACUGGACGGCCAUCGUUACACAAACACCCGAUUGAGCAAACCAAGCGAGCUCAUCCUGGCGAUAGAGCGCAGCAUCGAAGUCAUCCCCACUUCCUUGACAGCUACAACCCACCAUGCCAACCAUCGAAGCCGGCAACCGCGUCUUCCAUGUCACCGACAUCGACCGCGAGGAGUGCUCGCGCAUCGUGCCCAUGCGGGUUCUUUCGCUGGGUCUGACGAGGACGGGAUCCGAGUCACUAAUGGACGCCCUGCGCAUCCUCGGCUACCACGAAGCAUACCACGGAUACCAAGCCAUGAUCAACAACCCACGCGACUGCGAGAUGUGGCUGAAAGCUUUGCGAGCGAAGUACGACGGGGUGGGACAGCGGUUCGGGCGCGAGGACUGGGAUCGGCUAUUGGGGCAUUGUCAGGCCGUCUCCGACCUUCCAGCCAUCUGCUUCGCAGAAGACCUCAUCCAAGCCUACCCCGAAGCAAAAGUCAUCAUCACAGUCCGCGACGUCGAUGAAUGGUACGAAUCAAUGAUGACCCUCGUCACCGUAAUUGACACCCCGCUCAACAAAUACCUCCUCGUGCCCCUCAUCAACAUCAUCAACAACCUCCUGCAUUCCCGCUUCCGUCUCGUGCCCGAGACCUUCCGUAGAGCCGGGUUAUGUCUCUACGGGGAGGAUGUCCGCACCACCGCCCGCGAGACGUACCGCAACCACGUCGCCAAGAUUCAGGCCUUAGUGCCCAAGGACCGACUGCUGCUGUACCAUGUCAAGGAGGGGUGGGAGCCGUUGUGUGCGUUUCUGGGGCAGCCCGUCCCCGCGGUGCCGGUGCCGAACGGGAAUACCAAGGCGGAUAUGUUGGCGUGGCAUUGCGCGUGCUGGGCUGGAUACUACCCUGCCGAUGUCUUGGCGUGUCUUGGGGAUGUGCCGCAGAUCAAACACGCGAGCACCAUGUUUCAGAUGCCACUGUGA